AUGGAUUUCCCGAGCCUAGGCCCCAGUCACCUCAUAGCGACGCUCUUCUACAAGUCAAAUACGCCCCACUUCUUUCCACACCCCGAUGCCUCACCACAUUCCCCUACCGAUGCGCUCGCACCCGCCUCUCUUGAGUCACUGAGAGAUGGCGCCGCUCCCACAGACAAUCUGGAAGCAUACCCGUUAGAACCUCCUACGCCUGGUCCCAAUCCGCUUGACCACCUCUACGGCAGCUACAUCAGCCAGUCCUGUCUGACAGACUUCUUCGUACUGUUGCGCAACAUUAUACCGCGCAUAGAAGAAGCCGGUAUCACAUCAAGGCCAUUGAGCAGGGAGAAAUUGGCGCGGGUCGUGGAGGUGCGCUUCCCUGCCGCGGGCGCAGACCUAGAAGCACUGCGACGAGAUGAACAAGUUAGCCGGUUCGAGCGUGAAUGGAACCUCGAAAUCGUGUGGCAGGCGGACACGGUGCAUAGGCGGUACAAGCGCCUGGCAGUCUUCGACAUGGACUCCACCCUCAUCCAGCAAGAAGUCAUCGACCUGAUUGCGUCACUCAUCGGCGUGGAAGACCAGGUCUCCGCCAUCACAGCCGCGGCUAUGAACGGCGAAUUGGACUUCGAGGCAAGUCUGAGGGCAAGGUGUAAGCUGCUGAAGGGCGUGCCGAGCACCGUGUGGGAGACAUUGAGAGUGUGCAUCACGCUCAACGAAGGCGUGCAGGAGCUUAUUACGGCACUGAAGCGACUGGGGUUCAAGACUGCGGUAUUGAGUGGCGGCUUUACGCCAUUGACUGGGUGGAUGGGACAGAAGCUAGGCCUAGACUAUGCAUUCGCAAACCACCUCGUCGUCUCGGAAGACGGGAAGGAACUCACCGGCGAAUUGACUGGCGAGAUAGUUCACGCCGAAAAGAAGCGUCAACACGUCCUUGAGAUCGCAGAGAAGGAGGGCAUAUUGCUGGAUCAGGUUGUUUGCAUCGGCGACGGCGCGAAUGAUCUCCCUAUGAUGGGAGUCGCAGGCUUGGGAGUCGCAUUUCAUGCGAAGCCCAAGGUGCAGAUGCAGGCUCCCGCAAGGCUAAACUCGAAGAGUAUGCUGGAUGUGCUGUAUCUGUUUGGCAUAUCAAAAGAAGAACAGGAGGCGCUGUUACAGUGA